CUGUCUGUUGGAGAAGUGGCUCAACCAGUCAGCGCAGCCUGUCAUACACGUGUUUGCUGUACUGCAACAACGUGGGCUUUCUUUACGAACAGAAAGAAAUUCGUUAGAUAAACACUACAUCAAGGUAUUUCUGGACACUUUGCUAUAGCCGUUUGUCUUAGAUGCCACUAUGAAGUACAUCCUGGUUACUGGUGGCGUUAUAUCUGGUAUUGGUAAGGGCAUCAUUGCCAGCAGUGUGGGAACAAUCCUUAAGUCCUGCGGUCUUCAUGUCACAGCCAUCAAAAUCGACCCAUAUAUCAAUAUUGAUGCUGGAACCUUUUCACCCUAUGAGCACGGUGAAGUGUUUGUUCUCGAUGAUGGUGGGGAAGUGGAUCUAGAUUUGGGUAACUAUGAGCGUUUCCUGGACAUCCGCCUUAUCAGAGAUAACAACAUCACAACUGGAAAGAUCUAUCAAUCGGUAAUCAACAAGGAGAGAAAAGGAGACUACCUGGGCAAGACUGUACAAGUGGUGCCACAUAUCACAGAUGCUAUUCAGGAAUGGGUAAUGAAGCAGGCAACCAUUUCAGUGGAUGAGGACGGUGUGGAGCCUCAAGUUUGUGUCAUAGAGCUAGGAGGCACAGUGGGGGACAUCGAGAGCAUGCCUUUUAUUGAAGCUUUCAGACAGUUCCAGUUCAAGGUGAAAAGGGAGAACUUCUGCAACAUCCAUGUCAGCUUGAUACCACAGCCCAAUACCACAGGGGAGCAGAAAACCAAACCAACCCAGAACAGCGUCCGGGAACUCAGAGGGCUGGGAUUGUCUGCAGAUUUGAUUGUUUGUCGCUGUACAACUCCUCUAGAAACAUCUGUCAAGGAAAAGAUCUCCAUGUUUUGUCAUGUGGAGCCCACACAGGUGAUCUGUGUCCACGAUGUCUCCUCAAUUUAUAGAGUUCCUCUGCUGCUGGAGGAUCAGGGUGUUGUGAGGUACUUGUGCGAGCGGUUGAACUUGCCCAUUGAGAUGAGACCCAGAAAGAUGUUCACAAAGUGGAAGGAGAUGGCUGACCGAUCCGACCGUCUCUUGGAGCAUGUUUCCAUAGCCCUGGUGGGAAAAUAUACAAAGUUAGCUGACUCCUACACAUCUGUUAUUAAGGCCCUAGAGCACUCAGCCCUUGCCAUUAAUCACAAACUAGAGGUCAAGUACAUAGACUCUGCAGAUUUGGAGACUACUACACUGCAAGAUGAUCCAGUGAAAUAUCACGAGGCCUGGCAGAAACUCUGCAGUGCUCAUGGUGUCUUGGUGCCAGGAGGUUUUGGUGCAAGAGGGACAGAAGGCAAGAUGGAGGCUAUUUCUUGGGCACGGAAACAGAAUAAGCCAUUCCUGGGCGUUUGUUUGGGCAUGCAGCUGGCAGUGUGUGAGUUUGCCCGCAGUGUUCUUGGAUGGGAAGAUGCCAACUCCACAGAAUUUAAUCCAGAAUCCAAACACCCUGUGGUAAUUGACAUGCCAGAACACAACCCAGGCCAGAUGGGUGGGACUAUGAGGUUGGGAAAGAGGCGGACCAUUUUCUCAUCCAGCACCAGUGUGCUGAGAAAGCUAUAUGGAGAUGUGGAAUAUGUUGACGAACGGCACAGACACAGAUUUGAGGUGAAUCCAGAGCUGAAGCAUCACUUUGAACAAAAAGGACUUCAGUUUGUUGGUCAGGAUGUGGAAGGAGAGCGAAUGGAAGUCAUUGAAUUAGAGGACCACUGUUACUAUGUUGGAGUGCAGUAUCAUCCAGAGUUCACCUCCAGACCUAUCAAACCUUCUCCUCCAUACUUUGGUCUCCUGCUGGCCUCUGCAGGAAAACUCCAGAGCUACCUGGCCAAGGGCUGUCGCCUUUCUCCACGGGACACCUACAGUGAUCACAGUGGUAGCAGCUCUCCCGACAUGGACAUGCGUGAGCUGAAGUUUCUGUCUUUGUAGAAGUAAUUUUUGUGUAUGUGCCGCUCAUGGAGAUCACCCAGGACUGACUCUGCACAAACAAUCUUUGUAUUACUCUGUAUUUUUGAAUUGUUAAUACUUUAUUGUCAUAACAAUUUAUAAUUUAUGUUCUUCAAAUAUUUUGCCUACAGCAAAAUAAUAAAGGUAGUGAAUUCUGUUUAUUUUAGUGUUUUAAAGUUGCUGCAAAAAUCAAGUAUUAAUAAAGGUUUUGUGAGGGAACUCAAAAAAAUGUUGCUGUAAUGGAACUUGUCAAAAAAGAAUACACUAAGGUACAUGAUUAAAGGGAAGAUAUCAGCCCAUCAGUAUAAAGUGUACUGCUGUUAUCAUAAUGAUGUUCUGGUAAAAUAUUGAGAAGAUGUGUAUUUUGGAGUUUUUCAGAGAAAUAUUUUUCAGAGACGUUCUCAGUUUUUUGGAAUUGUAGCAUCUGAGAAAGGGAGAUAUAUGUGUGUGUGUGUGUGUGUGUGUGUGUGUGUGUGUGUGUACACAUGUGUACGUGUAUACAUGUGUAUGUACGUGUGUACAUGUAUACGUGUGUAUAUAUAUAUAUAUACAUAGUGUAUAGGGAAUUACUGAUAUAAUUGUUGUAAUUGUUUGUCAGUUUUUUCAUCUGUAUUUCCCCCAUAGUUUAAUACUGGUUUGGUUUUAAACAGUCUUUCUCUGUAUUACAUCCAAAUCUGUUUGGACAUGAGGCUGUGACUCUUGGGUGAAAAUGUGAAAUAUUCUGCUCUGAUAAUGUUAAAGAUUUAGGCAGGAAUCAAUCACAUGGAUGCAGGCUUUUAAUUUCUGCAUGUAAGCUGUCAUUUGAAGACUCGCUCACUUUGGAACGCCAUUAGUUUGUGAAGCCCUAAAACUGAACUGACCAGUUCAGGUUGCACAACUUUUGCCUAUGACCAGUAAACAUGAUUGCCCUUUACUGCUAUUUCUGACUAAGAACUGUUUAAAUUGAAAUAUGCUGAUGCACAGUCAUCUGGGGAAAUUUAAGCAACCUUUGCGACAACAACAGAAUAAAACUAAAACUACGAUCUCAAAUGGAUCUUGAAGCAUCAGUAAAAGCAUCUAGUAGGUUAUCACUAUCAAAUGUCCCUCUUGCAUUUUCAGUCUACUUAGUAACAUGAGAUCCACUUUUGUUACCAUUGUGUGACCCAAAUGCACUGAAAUGCCUUUUAUUUAUUAAAUUUAGAUGCAUGUGUUAUGCA